CAUUCAUUGAUUGGAGAAGAAGUCAAUCCCGACAUCAGCUCAGCGUUCGCGCAAAUUGUGACCACAAAACCAACAGCAGUGCGGUCUCGGUCAACUCUAGUCACAAUGGGUGGCCUCCAACACCACAAGAUGGCCUUGGACCCGGCCAUUGUCCGGCUCGGGAACAUGAUCACCAACCGCCACAAGUAUUUCAGAUGGACGCCCCGAACGGCAGGAAUCACCUUCGCAUAUGUCGUGGUGAUACCAGGCAUCGUAGGCUACCUUGCUUACAAGACGGAUGGAUUGUGGGAUUUCCGUGCGAAACGAAAGGGAGACUUGGUAUCCGAACGCUAGAAAGGGGUGUCAAAGAGGCUGCAUACUGUUGUACAUAGGCAGGAGGUGAUUAGGAUGGGUGCAUAUGAUAGAGAGGACCGAAUCGAGGACCAAUAUCGACGCUAUUCAUCUAAGACGCGAUGUGGAUAACUUUAUCAGAUCAUCGGCGGACUUGCAUAUUGCCCUAUAAAAGAUAUAUGACGCCGUGCUAGAAAUCUAGGAAUACCAGG